UCGUGACAACGCGCUCUCCGUUCUGCCGAUUUCGUGUUCCAUCGGAAGUGUCUGUUUUCUUGCGCCCCUGCCGACCACGCUCAGGCAUGUCGGAUACGGACGACGAGCUACUCGUGACUGUGAACACUAUAAUACUGAUUUGUGCUGCACUUGCGCGACGCCGACGUGCCAGAAAGCGAGCGAGAAGGUUUUGGGUGCGCCCUAUAUGGCGGUACAGGGACACCGAGGGCCAGGCGCGUACUCUGCUUCCCCGCCUGCGCGCGAGAGACGAAGGAUACUUCAGAGACUACCUGCGAAUGCCGCCGAGUGUCUUCGACACUUUGCUCGGUCUCGUGCGGCCCCUGAUUGAGCGGCAGGCGACACCGUUCCGGGAUCCCAUUUCUGCUCAUGAUCGACUAGCAAUGACGAUACGGUUCCUUGCGAACGGAGACACCUUCAGGAGCUUAUCGUACAAUUUUCUAACAGGGAGGUCAACGGCAUGUGAAAUUGUCCGACAAACAACUUCCGUCCUUUGGGACGUUCUUCAGUCAACGUAUUUAAGGUUUCCGGCAACUUCCCAGGAGUGGCUAAAGAUCGCUGCAGACAUGGAAGAAUUUUGGCACUUUCCCAAUUGCAUAGGGAGCAUCGACGGUAAACAUGUGCAUAUCCAAUGCCCAGACAACUCAGGAUCGAUGAAUUUAAAUUAUAAGAAAACAUUCAGUGUGGUCCUCCUAGCUGUGUGUGACGCACAUUACAAGUUCACCUAUGUAGACAUUGGCCAUUACGGCGGUGAAGGUGACAGCGGGAUCUUUCAGCGAUCACCUCUGCUGGAAGUGCUGGAAAAGGGCUUGCUGGGCAUUCCUCAGCCUAGGAGCAUUGGCUCUAUAGGUCCCAUUCCAUACCACAUGGUUGGCGAUGAAGCUUUUCCGCUGAAGCCAUUCAUGAUGAGGCCCUAUCCAAGACGAGAGCUGCAGAAGUUCAGGAAUGACCCAGCUCAGCGGCAAGAGUACCUGAAAAGGGCAACAUUCAACUAUCGCUUGAGCCGAGCAAGACGGCUGAUUGAAAACGCCUUUGGAAUCAUGUCAAGCAGAUGGAGAAUUUUGCGGCGACCAUUUCGGGCAUCGGAGGAAACUACACACAAUAUUGUGAAGUCAUGUGUUGUAUUGCACAACUUCCUCCUAAGUUCGCCGCAAUCGCGAUCUGCAUACAGCCCACCGGGUUUCACUGAUCAUGAGGACUGGGAAGGGAACAUUGUAGAAGGAUCCUGGAGAGCUGGCAGUGACAGUCUGCCGGGCAUAGGGGACCUCAUCGCUAUGUCUGGUUAUCAUUCAGCAAGGGCAGCUAUGGAUAUGCGUAACCACUUGGCAACAUACUUUAUGAAUGAAGGACGGGUGCCAUGGCAGGAGAGGAUAGUGACCCGAGCGGGAAUACAGGAAAAAUGAACAGCGGAGCUACCGAGACUGUGCUGUUGAGGACAGUCGCACUUGGGGAAGCUGCGCUGGCGGCUGGGCUCGGUUUGUUGCACCGUUGGACCUGGGUGACGCAUGAAAAGAAAAAUAUCAUCUGUUAAGAGAGAUACAAUGUAACAUGCCUUGAGACAAGCUCACCCGGAAGAUGCUGCAGCCUCAGUUGGGGUUGGACUGAGCAAGCUGAAAUAAAUAGAGAAUGUGUUUCCAUGAGAAAAAUUUUUCCUGCCUACUACUCAAUUUAAUGUACUCUUUCAGGUUUUUACGUCUAUACCAACUGUACGAUCCCCUUCUUCCAUGUACACUUGCCCCCGCCGCUUCUGCGCGCGUCACCCUCCUGUUUGUUAUACCGGUUUACUGCACUAACCCUUUAAAACUAACACGCCGAGGAUGACGAGGCCGCCUUUGACGAAGAUAGGUCCUCCUAUCGAAACGUUGGCCAGCCUGUCUGAGGCACUUUAUCCCUGUUUACAAACUUUAUACCACAAGACAAUGUAUGCAAUACAU